GACGCGACAAGAUGGCGGCGGCCUUAACGGCGGAGCUGGAGCGCCUCCUCAACCCGCUGCCCCGCGCCCAGCCUGACCCGGAGGACGACCCCGAGGAGGCUACCACAGCCAAAGUGAUUGACAAGUUUGACGAAGGAAAUCCUGAUGAAGAUAUCCUUUCUGUUGGUCAAAUACGGAAGGGAAUUGCCUCUGACCUGUUGGAUGCUGAUAAGCGAUACCAAGGGAAGGCCACAAGUCGCAGAGCCUUAGAAGAAGAGCUGUGGGGCACAGUUGAGGUGCCAGAUGAAGAAACAUCAGAUGAGGAGACAGAUGAAGGUGAUCUUGGCAGUGACACUUUGGCUGAAGAUGACAGUCCAGAAACAAUGGAGGAAGAGGAGGAGGAGGAGGCCUCCAGUGAAGCUGAAGAAGAGAGAGAGCUGUCCAACGCCCUGAAAAAACCAGCCUUCAGUUUCCAGGCAAUUGAUGAUUUUGAGAAAUUUGCAGAAGGGAUGGAUGAGAUUGGGAGUGAGGAAGAAGAGGAUGCCAGCACAGGAGAAGACAGCGAAGGUGAAACAGAUUCACAGGAAAGAAUGAAGGAGAGUGAGGAGGAACUGACAGAUGUCAACAGAGAUCUAGAUGAUGGAGUCCUCUUGACUCACACUCAAGGCAAAGCAGCUGAAGAAGUGGCAAAGGGGAAAGCUGUGAAAAAUCAAAUAGCCCUGUGGGAUCAGCUCUUGGAAAGCCGAAUCAAAUUGCAGAAGGCCCUCUUAAUUGCCAACCAACUUCCACAGCCAGAUACCUUCUCCGAGUUCAAGAAAAGAGGAGGACAAGAAUUUUCUAAUGUGCUCAAGAACAAUUACAAAGCAUUAAAGGCUUUGCUGAGGAGCCUGGUGGAUCUCCAGGAUGAGCUGUUGCACCAGAACUCUGGGACCAGACAUUUGGUAGCAGGACAACAAGAGAAAGAGGAGAGUGAUGAAGAGAUCUCAAGUGGCAGCGAUGAAGCUGAGGAAGAGAAGAGGGUAGUUCAGAGGCCACCCAAGCGGAAGCUGGAAAUGGAGGACUACCCACAAUUGGCAGCCAAGCGGUUUGCUGAGUUUCAGGUCUAUAGGAACAGCACCUUACAGAAGUGGCAUGACAAGACCAAGCUGGCUUCUGGCAAAAUGAGCAAGGGUUUUGGUGCCUUUGAGCGAUCCAUCUUGACUCAAGUAGAUCAUAUUCUGAUGGACAAAGAGAGGUUAAUCCGGCGGACGCAGACCAAGCGGUCAGCAUACAGGGUGCUGGGAAAACCCCCAUCAGCCACUGAGGUGCUUCCAGAAGCCGAGCUGGGACAGACGGAGACCCUUCCUCCAGCAAUGUCAAAUGCCCACCUUAAAGACCUGGAUGAGGAGAUCUUCGAUGAUGACGACUUUUAUCAUCAGCUCCUCCGGGAACUUAUUGAACGCAAAACCAGCUCUUUGGACCCAAAUGACCAGGUGGCAAUGGGCAGACAGUGGCUGGCUAUCCAGAAGUUGAGGAGUAAAAUUCGGAAGAAAGUGGACACCAAGGCCAGUAAAGGAAGGAAAAUCCGGUAUCAUGUCCACAGCAAGCUGGUGAGCUUCAUGGCACCCAUUGACCACUGCACAAUGAAUGAUGAUGCCAGAACGGAACUUUAUCGGUCACUGUUUGGCAAGCAGGUUCACCUGGAAGGAGGAAAGCAAGCCUAGUGGUCCGCACCACACCUCUGCAGGUUCUGGAAGGCGGGAGGGGUCCCCAUGCUUGGAUAGUUCCACCACCCUGCAAAGCUCACUCAGCGGAGCCAAGGUGAUGUUCAGCCCUUUGAUGGAGAAGGACUCAAGGAAGCUGCCAUCCAUGAUCACCCCGGGAAGCGGGACAGCACCUUCUCCUGCUUGCCUGCCUCUUUCUGAACUUCCCUCAGGAUGAACCACUGGCAACUCUGCCUGCCAGAACUGUUUCCUGUGUGAUGUUCAAGUACACAGUGAGCAUGGACCUGGACCGUCCUUGCUGUUCCAGCAGGGCAGGAAUAUCGCAGAAGAUCCGCCGUUGCCCCCUCUGCCCAUUGUCUGGAUGGAAGGAAGCCAAAGCCAAACUUUCUUGGAGAAAAAAGAGCACUCCUUUGAUUUCCCCAGAGAACUUGGUGACAUGUUGUGUAAGUGGAUGUUGUGACGUUGGCCGAAAAAGUUGUGGAGUAAAAUUGGAUUUAAAUAAAUCAGUAAAAAACC